AUGUCUGUUGGCGAGAUGAAGAAUGCACUGUACGGCACGGCUCAGCUCGUGACGCAGCUGUCCACUGUAUGUGAACGUCUGAUGCAAGACGUCGACCAAAAUGGUUGGAACGAAUCUUAUCUAGAAGCUCUGAAAAUGAAAGAAGAGAUACAGAGCCAAUUAAAAGUGGUCAGCGACAAGGACAAUUUGGAAAAGGUGAAAGCGAAAUUAACAGCCAUUUCAAAGAAGAGAACUCGCAAGCGCAAAGCAAAGCUUCAACUGCAGAUGGAAGAGCCACUCAGGGAGGCUCGAAUAGCGGAGAAAGACGCUGCGGUAGAGAUGUGGAGAAAGAAGAAAAUACAAGAGGCAGAGGAGAAAAAGAAAGAACAGGAGCUGAAAGAGGUUGCAGACGCGGUUCUUUGUGAUAUCAGAAAGAAACUGUCUGAUGUGAAGAGAGCUCAGGACAUUCUAAAAUCCUUGGAAAAUUUAAGAAAAUUGAGAAAAGAAGCCACUAUGAGAAAAGGCAUCCACACUGACCUGCAGUCAGACAAAGCCUUCAGCUCUCUCCUGGAGGAGCUGAGGAGCGUGGCCAAGAGGAGGCUGACGCUCUAUGGCCGAGAGGAGAAGACUCUGAUGGUGAUGCUGGAGGGAGAGCAGGAGGAGGAGAGGAAGAGAGUGCUGGAGCUCCAACACAAGAAGGACAAGGACAGGCACAUGCGGAGGAAACGCAAAAUAGAGUCGAUGAUGUUUGGGGAGGACACGCCCCCAGAUCCGUUCAUGCAGCCUUUCAGACAGUAUUACACCCAGGCUCAGGAGUCACUUCCAGCUUUAGUUCAAAUAAGGAGAGAGUGGGAUGCCUUCUUGGUUCCUGCAGACCACCCUGAGGGCUGGUCUGUCCCUCUGGGAUGGGUGUUUCCAGAGCCUCCUUCAGAUCAGAGCUGGGCCGAGGCUCUGCACACCUCUGAUACGGACUCGGCAUCACUCCAGUCUGUCACUGUCAACACAAGUCUCUCUCACAGGGUGUAA